UGCUCCGACACUCCCCGCUGCUCACUGCGUUCUGGGUUGAUGGAAUUAAAUGCAUUUCAGGGUGACUUCAGCGGAGGGCCAGGGAAAGGUGCCAUGGAGAACGACCGUCCCUGAGGAUUUAGCUUCCGGCUUUCCUGGUCACGUGACCCGCCGUGGCCCCGCCCCAGCCAGCAGGCCUUGACGUUGCUAGGCUACCGCGUCAGCGCUCGGCUCCGCUGGAUGGAUCAGUACUGCAUCCUGGGCCGCAUCGGGGAGGGCGCGCACGGCAUCGUCUUCAAGGCCAAGCAUGUGGAGACUGGCGAAAUCGUUGCCCUUAAGAAGGUAGCCUUGAGGCGGCUGGAGGAUGGCAUCCCCAACCAGGCAUUGCGGGAGAUCAAGGCUCUGCAGGAGAUCGAGGACAAUCAGUAUGUGGUGCAGCUGAAGGCUGUGUUCCCGCAUGGGGCAGGCUUUGUGCUGGCCUUCGAGUUCAUGCUGUCUGAUCUGGCUGAGGUGGUACGCCAUGCCCAGAGACCACUGGCCCCAGCGCAAGUCAAGAGCUACCUACAGAUGCUGCUCAAGGGUGUUGCCUUCUGCCAUGCCAACAACAUCGUGCAUCGGGACCUAAAACCUGCCAACCUACUCAUCAGUGCUUCAGGCCAGCUCAAGAUAGCUGACUUCGGUCUGGCCCGGGUCUUUUCACCUGAUGGCAAUCGCCUCUACACACACCAGGUGGCUACCAGGUGGUACCGAGCCCCUGAGCUCCUAUAUGGCGCCCGCCAGUAUGACCAGGGCGUUGACCUAUGGGCUGUGGGCUGCAUCAUGGGGGAGCUGUUAAAUGGGUCUCCACUUUUCCCUGGAGAGAACGACAUUGAACAGCUUUGCUGUGUGCUUCGUAUCUUGGGGACCCCCAGCCCUCAAGUCUGGCCGGAGAUCACAGAGCUGCCCGACUACAACAAGAUCUCCUUUAAGGAGCAGGCACCAAUACCACUGGAGGAGGUGUUGCCUGACGCCUCUCCUCAGGCCUUGGACCUGCUGGGCCAGUUUCUCCUCUACCCUCCUCAUCAGCGCAUCUCUGCCUCCCAGGCCCUCCUGCACCAGUACUUCUUCACAGCUCCUCUGCCUGCCCACCCAUCUGAGCUGCCAAUUCCACAGCGUCCAGGGGGUCCUGCCCCCAAGGCCCAUCCAGGGCCCCCCCAUGUCCAUGACUUCCAUGUGGACCGGCCUCUUGAGGAGUCGCUGUUGAACCCGGAGCUGAUUCGGCCCUUCAUCCCAGAGGGGUGAGACCCUGACCCAGGUCCUGCAUGCCUGAUGCCAGCUGUCUCUUGCCUGACUCUGUCUUCUAAGGCUUCUUUGUUUUCAUACUGGGUCCAUUCCACACCUUGCCUUGCUUAUUAGUCUUCUCAAGGGCUGGUCUCAAGGAGACAGAGGUGACACUAACCAAAGAGAUGAGGAUGUCAAGCCUUUGGCCAGCUGACUCAGCUGUCAGAAAUAGUGAAGCUGUGGUUUAGAGCUGAUUCUUGAGGCACUGUCUGCUGCUCAAAGACAUUCCCGUAGGUUCCAUCUGGGGGAAUUGGCUAAGAGUAGGAUGGCCUCAUGGCAGAAAGUCAGCUGGGAAGGCGGGUUUGCUUUGGCUUGGGUCUCAAAAACAGGGAACUCUAGUUCAGUAUUUAAAAUGUAUGUAAAAUCUCCAAGUAGAUCUGUCUGAGCGGGUGUUUCUAACAAAGGAAGUGGCAGAGGUGGCAUUCUCCUAGCCCUGGGUUUUAGGGAUUACGUAGAGGUGACUCUAGUCAUGGCUACUUUUGUUAGAGGGCUUCCUGUGUGCUUCACAUGACUGUUUACUUACUUGGAAUUGAAGUGGA